GCUCGGCGAGGAAAGAAAGCCAAUCCCACCAACUCCAGCUAAGAAAGGCGCGACUCUGCAGUAGUCGGAUAUAAACACAGUAGUGGAAACGCGCACUCAGUAUCAAGUGGUUUACCGGCGCCGGCUUCUUAUUUAUUCUAACCUUUACACUGUGAGGUUUUCAACAAAAGCAGAACCGGACGGCGACGAUUCGGUGUUUUCAUUCGUGUUCCGCUCCUCUGAUUCACGGCAAUGAGCAGGAUUUCUGUGAUACUUCAGCUGCGUUCACGGUUCUGUCCCGUGUCUGCGCCUCUGGAUCCGUCAGCGCGUCCCUGUAGAGUCUGGAUCAACACGGCGCAACACAGCACGCGCACACGGGAAGGUAUUUUCGGUCUGAAACCGACUGAGAGUUAACCAAAAGUUUGUGGCUAAGAUGCAUUUGUUAAUUCUGCACAGGGACUGACCUCUGUUCGAAAAACAUUGUGACGGAUUGUGACGGCUCUCAGGAUUACACUAGUUUCUCUGACAAUAUUUUUGAGUACACCAACUACUAUUUGUACUACAAAUAUUACUACUACUACUACUACUACUAUUAUUACUACUAUUACUAUUACUACUACUAUUACUAUUACUAUCUGUUCUAGAAUGAUACAGUAUAUAACAUUUUUGAGUGCAUAGUAUGGGAGUCCACAGUGAGAGAGUAUUUUUUGAUGUCCGCCCUUGCUGUCCUGCAUCAGAGUUCAGGUAGCUCACAGCCAACACACCAUGCUAUCCCGCAUAGCAUUUCUGUGUGCCAGGGAAAGGCUGCUGAGUGAAGCUCAGAGAGAGAAGGCGAAACAGCCAGAGAGACGUCUAUGCACACACCCAGCCCAUUCUGAAUCGCACACGCACUCUCACAUUCUCUCACUGGCAGACAGAUACUUACAUACACAGUGACCCACAAAGGAGGGCAUGGGAAACUCCUCUCAAAAACAAGGGAAGGAGGACAAGGAAAAAGAAAAAGAAGAGACAAGUGAUGACGAAUUGGAGGAAGAGGAAAAGGCACAAGUGAAAGAAGUGGAGGUGGAACAGAAGCUGCCUCCGUGUUUUAGUGAAUUAAUCACUAGCGGAGAUCCAGUGCUGGAUCUGAGCCAUUUUCGUUUGCAAUACAUCCCCAAGGAAGUUCUUGGACUGAAACAUUUGGAAAGACUGUAUGUAUGUGGAAAUAGGCUUCGCACAGCACCUGAUGGCAUUGUACAGCUGCAGGGCCUUCGUACUCUAGCGCUUGACUUUAACAAAAUAGAUGACGUCCCACUGAGCGUGUGCCAGUUGGUCAACCUCACCCACCUAUACCUUAGUGGCAAUCGGCUGAUGUGCCUGCCACCAGACUUCAAAAACCUGCAGAGCCUCCGGUGUCUCUGGGUGGAUAGUAACUACUUUCAAUACUUCCCCAAGCAGCUAUAUGAGCUUCCUCAUUUGCGCUCUCUUCAGUUUGGUGACAAUAAACUUAAGGCUCUGCCAUCAGACAUGUGCUGCAUGGAAGCACUGCGAAGCCUCUGGCUCUAUGGCAACCGUUUUUCUGAGUUCCCACAGGUUCUCCUAAAGAUGGAGCAGCUAGAGAUUUUGGAUUUAGAUGGAAACCGUAUCUCCAAGUUACCCAGUCUGCUGAAUUUCCCAUCACUCCGACUCUUUUCCUAUGAUCACAAUCCUGUGAAGAGGCCGCCACAAUUUGGAGAAAAUGUUUUAAUUGUUGGAGAAGGGGCAGCUGAGAUUUUGGAGGGAAGGGAAAGGAAAAGAGAAGAGGAGCGUGCAAAACGAGAGGCCGAGGAGGCAGCUGCAAUAGCAGCAACUAAGCCAGCCAGACAAGGAAUACUAAAGAAACUCAGACUGAAGUCUAUGGCAUCAAGUGAGGAUGUAGCUGAGGAGGAAGUGCCAUUACAGGCCAAUGUAGAAGGGGUGGAGUGUGAAAGAUAUAAAUCGGCAUCAGAUCAGGGGAAGCUUGAAUAUGAGAAUGAGGAGUGUGAUGGUUACGGAAAGGCAGAGCUGGAUUAUGAACAAGCUGAGAUAAGCUACAAGAAUGAAGAGGAGGAACCUGAGCAAAGAAGAUGAGUCUAAUGAUUGAUUCCUUCCCUUUAACCACAACAAGCUUCAUUUGGUUUGCACUAACUCUAAUAAAGAAAUACUCUAGCAUUUUUCAACAUAAUAUCCAUUUACCACAUCUGUACUGUAUAAUUUAUGUUCCUCACAAGAAUUGACACAUUGAGUAAAGAGCAGAGAACUCACACUCGAAACUCACUCAUAAUAGUGGUUAAAGGGUAGGUUCUGAAUUCUCUUAGAAAACCUUUACAUUUGAUUAUUUGACUACCUCUCUGUAGUAGAUGUCCUCAACCAGAGCAAUAUCCAUUUAGCUUAUUUAUAUAACUGAGCAGUUGAGGGUUGAACUCAUAACCUUCUGUUCAGUGUCCAACAACAUAACCACUGAGAUACUGCUAUCACAUGCAAAUUUAAAAAUAUAACCUUUCAGUCAAGACUUUUACAUUUAUGGCAAUUGGCAGACUGUUUUAUCCAGAGCAACUUCAAAAAGGGCUUUGAAGAGUUUAUCAGUGGAUACAUACUGAUUUACUCAGUCUAAAACUGUUGGGAGGAAAUACUGUACAGCAAGAAAGGCAUAGACAAAUGUGUUUAACCUGUUGUGUAUGAUAAUUGAAUUUUGUAUUCAAACAACACAGUAGAUCAUGUAACACUCUCCAAAGUUUAUCACUAAAAUGAUCCAGUGACACAAAACGGCUUGCUGGUCAGUGGAUUUCGCCUUACAAUGCAGUACAGUUUUUAAUAUUUUAUAUUAAUAUUUGCUUCUCCACAAUCCUCCAAACCCCAAAACAAUAACACUCUAGAGCUGCGACCUCAUAAAUAUCAACAUAAAUAUAGAAUAUGAAAUUUUACUGUUGUAGAAUCACUCGAGUUUAAGAUACAGCAUGUAUCCUACAUGUACACGAUGUAACGCUAGGCAUCAUGGGAUGAAUAUAGUCCUAUGUUUGAACAGUGAUCUGAAUGGCACUGAAGUUAUCUUUUAUUUACCUACCUGUUUGUUUUUUUUUUGUUUUUUUUACAGUUGUAGCUAAAUGACAAACCUGAUUUUAUUAAGCAGAUUAUAUUUAUAACACAAUCAUAAAAAAUGAUUGAAAAAAAAAUUGAUUACAUAAUAAACAACUGAAUGGUAUACUUUUAAAAAGUUCCAAUUCUCAGUUUAAUUGCUGAAGAAACUGCAAGCUGAUUCUGUGUCGUUAACAGCAUCUAAACAUGAUAAACCCAACAAAGAGUGUUGAAGACUUUUUCUGCUGUGCUGCUUUUCAGUGACAGGUCUGCAAUCCAGGUAAAGUCUGUCUCCUGAGAACCAUAAAAAACACCAUAAAAAUGAUGAAGUCUGUGGUUAGAGUGGAGGCUGAAGUCCCCCAUGGGCAUCUGCACAUAUACCUGUUUAAACCUUAACAAUAGGGAUGAACGAAACCUUAUCAGAUCUGUUCUAAUAUAGUUUUAUACAAUCCUCAACUGUAACAGUAACAAAUAAUUGAGGUUAUUUAAACUGAGGAUUUCUGUAUCCAUGUGCAAUCAAAGCAACAUGACUAUUUUACAGUAGCAACAGAUAAUCUUCCCUACGUGAAAGGGAGUCACUACACACAGCUUCAUUUCCAAAUAUGUCUGAAUAAAGAAUUCCACACAAAUUAUUUAUUGCAUAAAAGUUCAUUCAUUCAAAUCAGUAAUUGUCAUGAUACCACUAUUAUAUGUGAGUUUCCAGUAAACUGGGGUUCUGUUAUCUCAGUACAGGAACACAUUCAUAUUCUGUGGUUAUGGAUUAAGAUGUGGUAGACAGAGAUUAGGUGAAAAAUUCCAGAGUUUGCUCCGACAAAGCUGCUGUGAGAAAAAAGUAAAACAAUACAGAACUCUCACCUUUAGGUUUUGCACUUAAUUUAUUAUCAUCGAAUAACCUGUGAAGAGCAACAUACACAGUUCAGCUGUAAUGGACUGAAACUGUUCCCUCAGCUUUAUACAUAAUGAAGACCAACAUGUGUGAGUGUGUGUAUGUGUGCGCAUGUGUGAGUGUGUGUGAGUGCAAAUUAGUGGGUUAACGGGAGCGGCUGUAAUUCCACUCUAAACUGGGUGUACUGUAUCUGGAAUUGGAUAUUGCGAUUGCUGUGAUGUCUGUUGUUGAAACAAAAUCUCUCAUUAAAUAAUCAUUGGGUUUGUGAA